CAGAGGGUGGAUCUGGGGCCCCCAUCUUGGCAGGAGUCCUGGAGCUGCUGCUCGUGGCUUGUGGACAGCAGGGUCUUUCUGUUCGUGAGACCCAUGGAGGGAGGUUGGGGUCAGGCUAAAGUGGUCUUUGCCAAAAUCACGAGAUGGCGAAUCUCCUUGGGCAUGAGGUCUGAGGUCCCAGGUGGCAUAGGGCAGGGAUAGCCGGAGUGCAGAUGACCUGCUCUGGGCCCCUGCUCCCUCGGUGACCCAUGGACUUCAUUGCAGACAGCCUGAGGGUGCAGGAGGAUGAGGACAACUGUGCCGUCAUCCAGUCAGCCCGGGACGCGCUAAAGCUCGUCCAGAACAAAUACCUGCCAGCUGUGUGUUCCUGGGUCCAGCUCUUCACCCGUGCAGGGAUGCACGGCAGGCACUUAGAGGCCACCAUCAACUUGAAGGCAGAACUGGAAAGUGUCCUGAGGAGGUGCCGGGAGCUGGGCAUUGAGCCCGAGGGGACGCACAGGCCGGAGGUGAGUGUGGCAGCCCCCGUCCGAGCUCAGCCCUCUCAGCAGGCCCCGCUGGGCUCCGGAAUGUUCCUGUUCCUUCCUCUCAGCCCUGGCUGUCCCUGCAGAUAGACGGUCUGGCCCAGGGCCCAGGAAGGAGGGCGUGGGGGUCCUGUUUGGACAGGGAGCCCCUGGGUCCUGCAGGAGGCACAGCCAUGGGCCUGGCUGAGGCCCCACUACACCUGAUGCGCCUGAGCACCGCGUGGGGCCUCCUGUGAGCUCAGCACUAACCCUCAGGCCUCAGGGGUCUCGUCCUCUCAUCCACAUCGUAGCCGAGGACGUGGGAGCCCGUGCACCUGCAGGGCACAGAUAGGACGUCUCCCUCAAGGCUUACGCAGUUGGCAGUGCCCCAGCCUGGGGAGGUGGGCACCUCAGCCCUUCCGAAGAAGGCCCCACGGAGGAGCUCCCACAUGGCUGAGUGGGGUGAAUGUGGGGACCGGGGCCACUUGGGGAGGACACUCAAGGCAGCCGUCUGCUGGGCACGUGACACCCACAGGCUUUGUAGGUUGUGGUUCUUGAGGGAGGAGCUGGUCCUGAGCGCUAGUCCCUCAGCAGGGCAGGCCUGGGGGGCACUUGGUGACGGCAUGGGAUGAAGCCCCCCACGCCCCACCGGGACACCAGGCACCCAAGCGGCAGCCCCGAGCCUCAGAGAUGUAGCCUGUCAGCCCCUCUGUCGGGCCUGCGUCCAGACCUAGCCCUUAAUGCUGAAAGCCCGGGAGCUGUGUCCUCCGUGGGGCCUGCCAAGUAGGAGGGGACCUGCUGGAUGCAGAUCUCAUCCGCUUCUGCUGACACCAGAGUGUGCCCCUUCCCCAGGCCCUGGGCCCGGCCGCAGCUUUUCAUCCGCAGGAGCCUGCAGGGGAGGGUGCUGUGGAUCUGGGGUGGGAAGAACGCUGUCCCUUGCUG